AUGAAAGCAGCAGUACUUACUGGAAACCCAGAAAACAACUGGACGGAAAUCAAGGACCUUCCCAAACCAACUAUUAGAGACGAUCAAAUCUUAAUCAAGCCAAUUGCUUAUGCUGCAAAUCCAACCGACUGGAAACACAAUUCGCCCGAAUUUGCUGGUAAUGUUUCUGGUUCUGAUGCCAGUGGAUAUGUUGAAGAAGUAGGUUCCAAAGUCUCUGGAAUCCAAGUGGGUGACAUUGUUUCUGUCACUAUGCACGGAGGUUUCAACAAGGACAAUUCGGCGUUUGCAGAGUAUGUUGCUGCCGUUCCUGGAUUCACCAUCAAAUACGACAAAAAUAUUGUGAAGGAUGCAGAAUUGAAGGUGGGCGAUUACGAAGGUAGCAAAAUCACCAAUUUCGAACAGGCUGCUUCCGUCACUUUGGGUUUGUCAACGGUGGUUUUGUCGUUUGCUGGUUUGAUGAACAUUAACAAAGAUGUUCUGGCCAACAAAGGUAAGUCUAUUCUUAUUUGGGGAGGUGCCACUGCCACGGGUGUUUUGGCAAUUCAAAUUGCCAAGUUGGCAUUUGGUCUCAAGGUCAUUACCACUGCUUCAAAGAAGAACCAUGAGUACUUGAAGAGCCUUGGAGCAGAUGCUGUUUUUGACUACAACGAUUCGAAUGUGGUCGAAGCUAUCAAGAGUGAGGCUGGCGACUCCAUUGCUUAUGCUUUGGACACCGUUGCCAACACUGACACUUUCCAAAAAACUUAUGAUGCAACCGCCAAUUCAAAGCAUGUUGAACUCGACAACUUGCUUAUGCUCGACAAGAGCCAAAUCAAGACAGAUUCUUCCAGAUCGGUAUCUUACCACAAGACACUCAUGUACGGAGCCACAGGUGAUGCCUUUAGCAUUUGGGGUAUGGACUUCCCUACCAACCAUGUUUCUACCAAGAGAUAUCUUGACUACUGGUUGAACGAACUUCCUAAAUACAUUCCUCAGAUCAAGUCUGCAAACUUGAAGGUCAUCAAGCCUGGAUUGGAAAGCGUUAACGAAGCUUUGCAGUUGUUGCACGAUAACAAGGUAAGCGGCCAGAAGAUUGUCUUCAGAGCCAACUAA